GUGCGUAUGCUUCAAAUGCUAGUUUGCGACUACGAUGCGUGCGGCUGCUGUGGACUUGCUGACAUUUUAGCUCGGAACGCUUGAAGUAAACAAAUUACCGCUUCAAGCCAAAAGCUACAUAGGCUAGGUGAUGUUUAUACGCUCAGGAAGACAAGUCAUCGAGUCGGCCGCCCAAGAGCGCGCGUGCAAUUGCUCAACAGUCGCAUCAGUGAGCCGCGGAAGCAACCCAUUCAACCAUAUAAGCUUGUAUUCCACGAGCACAGCUCGGCGGCCGGCCUCAACCGCGUGGCGACCAGCGGCUUGGCCCUUGGCCCCCACAGCGCGCAGCAGCACCUCGCCUGCCAGGCCUGCACCGGGCGCUAGGAGCAUGGCGUCCCCGACGGAGCCCGCUCCGACUGACCAACCCCAACCCCAAGCCCACACACCCACACCUUCAUCUACACCCACACCAACUGCUGGCAGCCCGGCCCAGGGCGCGGUGCUGAGGAGCUUUCGCAAGGGGCCGGGCGGCAGCGGCCAGCAGCAGGCCAAGAAGGGCGGGGGCAAGGGCCCCACGGGGCCGGGCAAGGGCACGCCACGCCUGGCCAAGCUGCAGGAUGCGGGCGAGGGACUGGAGGCGCUGCUGGGCGGCGAGGGCGAGGGGGGGCCGGAGGGCGUGUUCGCAAACGAGGAAGAGCUGGUGGCCAAGCUCAUGACGCAGCUGCAGGGCCUGUCCCACAAGCAGCAGAAGAUGUACGGCAUAUGGGACGAGGCGGCGGGGGCGGACGCGGGGCGGGUGGCGUUCGUGGAGCAGUGGCGGCGGCGGCACGCGGAGCGCCGGGCCAUGGUGGCGGCGCUGUCGGACCCCAGCGGUGACCCCCGCGAGCGCAUGUCGCUGCGCACAGACUACAUCCUCAAGUGGCGCAAGGUGCUGUUCAGCUGCCCCACCUGCUGGCUGCUGCCGGGGCUGUGCGUGUGCGGCCGCAUGCAGCGCUUCAGCCCGCGGCAGACCCGGGUGGUGGUGCACGCGCACCACGGCGAGUGGGGCUCCGCCAGCAACAGCGGCUCCAUCCUGCCGCUGUCGCUGGAGGGCUCGGAGAUGCUGCUGUACGGACACCCGGCGCAUGAUGAGCGGCUGCGGGCCCUGCUGGCAGACACCUCCCGCACCGUGGCGCUGCUGUGGCCGGGGUCGGACUCGCUGCUGCCGGCGCAGCUGCAGGCGGUGGCGGCGGAGCGCUCGGGCGGGCAGGUGACGGUGGUGGCGCUGGACGCGACCUGGGGCAACGCGCGCCGCAUGCAGGGCUGGUUCCCCAAAGGGACACUCACCGUCAAGCUGCCGCCGGAGAGCACACUCAAGGACAACAAGCUGAGCCUGCUGCGGCCGGUGCGCAAGUACGGCGGCGACCUGGAGUGCGGCAGGGUCAGUACGGUGGAGGCGGUGGCGUCGCUGCUGUACGAGCUGGAGGGGGAUGAGUCCAUGUACAAGGGGCUUCUGGAGAACCUCAAGAUCAAGGUGGACGCGUGCCGGCUCCAAAAGAACCGCACGCUGGUGUACGGCACGCAGCAGCCACACCACCCCGCGUCCCGGCCGCGCCACCGGGGCAACAAGGGCGGCGGCGGCGGCGGCGAGGAGGGCGGAGAGGAGGGCGGAGAGGGGGGUGGAGAGGAGGGCGAGAGCGGCAGUGAGGCGAGCGGGAGGGGAGAGGACGCGCAGCAGCCCGCGGCGGCACCGGCGGUGGCCACGGCGUGAGCGAGCAAGCGCAAGCAUGUAAACGGCGAUGUCUUCAAGUGCGGGUGUUAUGAGGAGCACGUGUGAGCAAUGAUAGAGUGGAGCAUUCUUGUCAUGUGCACGCAGCUCGUGUGCACGCAGCGUGUGAGGAGUCCUCCCAUGAUGGGCUGUUGAGGCAGGGCCACACGAGUACGGUUCCAGGAGUAGCAGCUCCUGCAGCGCGGGGCCCGGCGCUGGUGUGCGGAGCGGAGCGAUCUGAGUGGCUCGCCUUCCCCCUGAAUCGUUUCGCUCGGUGGUCGUUUAAGAAAGCGGCGCCCACGUGCAGGGGUUGAAGCCAACCGGUGCGUGUUUGGUGUGUGAGCACAGCUACCGUACGCUAGAGGCGCGACCUGUGCAUAGCGGCAGCGCCAGUAGUGCAUCGUAUAUCCGAAACUGCUCCGUGGCCCCUGUUGUGCGGUGCGCUGCAACUGCUAGUGCCGCAGGGCAAGCAGGUCGACGUCCUG